UGGAGUCAGACACGGUCAGUAAACACAGUCGCGCCGCUCUGUCAUUGUGUGCUGUGCAGCAGAGGAGCAUGAGGAGGUGUCCUCUAACAUCACACUGCUGCUAUGCACUCAUAGAAAGAGCGAGAGCCUCACCAAGAGCAGAUUCUACAGGGGAACACUGAAGUGCACACCAGAAAGGAAUGGUGGGCUAUGAUCCAGACUCCCCCGGCGUGGUUCUCUCCCCAGAGGAAGCUGCUCUGGCCGGGUCAGCGGCAGGUAUGGUCACCCGUGCCUUCAUCAGCCCUCUGGAUGUCAUCAAAAUCAGAUUUCAGUUGCAGAUCGAGCAGGUGUCCUGGAGGAGUCGUCAGGGGAAGUACUGGGGUUUACGGCAGGCCACACGCUGUAUUAUGACUGAAGAAGGACUUCCUGCUUUCUGGAAAGGUCACAUUCCUGCCCAGCUGCUGUCUGUGUGUUAUGGGGCAGUUCAGUUUGCGAGUUUUGAAGCCUUGACCGAGCUGGUCCAUAAGAAGACGAGCUAUAAGAGCCAGACACCAGGAGUGCAUUUUAUCUGCGGCGGUUUGGCCGCCUGCUCCGCCACCGUCGCCUGCCAGCCGCUGGAUACCCUCCGCACACGCUUCGCUGCUCAGGGCGAACCCAAGAUGUAUCGUAACCUCAGGCAUGCCGUGGCCACAAUGUUCCGCACAGAGGGGCCCUUCACCUUCUACAGGGGCCUCACACCCACCCUAGUGGCCGUGUUUCCAUACGCAGGCAUGCAGUUUUUCUUUUAUAAUAUCCUGAAGAAACUUCUGGAGCCCCAGGACACCAAAUCUAAAGGAGGUUUACACAGUCUGAUCAGUGGUAGCUGUGCUGGAGUCAUCAGUAAAACAAUCACGUAUCCCUUUGAUCUGAUUAAGAAGAGACUUCAAGUGGGUGGAUUUGAAGAGGCCAGGAUGAAGUUUGGACAGGUGCAGACAUAUCAUGGGUUUGUAGACUGUGUGGUGAGGAUCGGCAGAGAGGAAGGGCCCCGGGGUUUCAUUAAGGGUCUCUCCCCCAGUCUAUUGAAGGCCGCUCUGUCCACAGGCUUCACCUUCUUCUGGUACGAGUUCUUCAUCAAUGCCAUUGUCAGCCUCAAGAGCAGCUAGUGAGCAAUGAGAGAAACCCCACAGACGUCCUUGAGUCAUUUUAGAUCAUCAGAUGGAACUCCGUGUGUGUUUUCUGGUGUGUAGAUGUAUUAAGACGUAAAGUAAAGAUGGACCAGUAGCUGCUCUCAAAAUACAGGCACUGCUACAAAAGUCAGGAGCUGUUUUACCACACCAGAAAGACAGUUUUACCUCUGACUCGCUCUAGUAAAGCCUUGAACUGAACAAUCAGCUGAAAUGUACUUGUUUACGUGAAACAGUGAACUCUACCUCUUGUCUCUCUCAACUGGAGACUGGAAAACCAUUGUUACACAUUAAUCUGUGUCUGUAUGUAUCUGUAUGUUUUGGUUUGCACUCUGUAUUAUGAUCUAUCUUAUUGUUUGUAUACAUAACACUGGAAAUCAGAAUGUUUUAACUUAUGGUUUUUGCAGUUUUGCAUUUCAAGAACAUUUAAAAUACAUACUCAAUAUGGUACAUUAAAUAUUCAGUCAUCUGUUUUCUACAGUAGCGUUUCAGGUUUUUUUGUUUGUGUGUGUGCUUUGUGUCAUUGUUAAGCUUUUUAACAAUGACAAUGGUAAAUGGUCAAAUAUUUUAUGGAUUAAAUAUUUAUGUUCCAUAUUAAUGGAUGGAAGAAUAUUGUUUGGAACAGUUUGAACCUCCAUGUUUCCUGUUACUCUGGCUUUAUUUGUGGCCAUAUUUAUGUUUUUUUUUUUAUUAUUGUACUUUCUCACUGACAUUAGUAAAAACAAUGGUUUUACUUUUACACCUGUGUACUCAUGUACAAAAACACAUAGCUCUCAUAUUACAAAAAUGUAUGGCAAACAAAUGGGUGACA